UAGAAAAAGCUGCGGUUUUAAAACGUGUGGACAGGGCCUGCGAUCGUCCAAGAAGAAUGUAAGCUGCAGUUCAUUCAGCCCAACCACACAAGAUGGAAUGCAGCAGAGAGGGCAAUGCGGAUCCUAAAGGAGCAGGGAGAAGCAUCCCUUCGGAAUGUGUACAUGUACAGCAUUCAAAAUUAAAAUGCUAAAUCCUGCUGAAGUUUCUUACCUCUCUGAGUACUGCAUUGUGAUGAAGCUUGUAUCCAUGGCCUUGAACAUCCUUCAGUCUGAAACAAACACUCAGAUGGGGUGGCUGCUUCCCACCAUCUGUCUUCUUGAUCCCAAGCUCAAAAAGAUGGAGGCUUCCAUCAAGGUCAACAUGCACAAAGAAGUCAUGUUUUUCCCUGGAAAAGUGAAGGUUGUUCUCCGUAAGGGACCUCUAGGAUAUCACCUUCAGGAGCCAACUGAUGAGGCAAGCCUGAUUAAAAGCAACCCAUCACUGCAGGACAAGUCAGCGCCCAUGAAGCAGGACCUUGUCAGACAACAUGCUCUGACUGUUGUCCGUCAGAGAGGAGGGGAUGCCUCAGACAAGAGAGAGGUUUUGGGCGAAUACAUCCUCCAAUUUGGAAAAUACAAGGGCAAGUCCUUUCGGUGGCUCCUUGAAAAUGACAUGGGGUACACCAUAUAUCUGAUGAAGACCCUGCAGCAGGAAGAGGCUGCUGGAGAGUUUAGGGCAGAGGGACACAGCAAACACAGCCUGGUGUCGUUUGUCAACUAUGCUCACAGCUUUGAAGAAAUUGAGUCUCCUCUUAGCUAUGUGUCCACAACACCAGCUGCACCAGCAGCCUCAUCAGAGGAUGACCAAAAUUACAAGAGCACAUGGCAGGAGAUUUGGAAAAGCAGGGCUGAUGGAUAUGCAUCCUGUGCACUGGGGGCGACCUGUGUCCCAGGGACACGGAUGCACAAACUGCAGCAAUACCUGCGGAAGCAGCAGCAGUCAACCUGUCGGCCUGUGCCCACAUCAAGUGCCAUAACUCUGCCCAUUUCUCAUUUGCUCUUUAGCAGGAAAUAUUGCCAUUGUAUCAACUCAUAUAAACAAAUAACAUAA